AUGCAUCCACUGCUACAGGAUCCCUCCUAUUUCAUUCAUGAAAACAUUACAAUAGCAGCGCCGGGAAAGCUCAAACAACAAGCUCACCAGCAAACACCACUGGAAAAAAGUCCACGAACGACACUCGAGCUCAAUUUGGCCUGCAGCACCCAUCCGACCACCCGAAAACCUGCAGAGAACCCCCGAUACACGACUCGUUCGAUUGAGAGGGACGCGAUGCCCAAGGUCAAGAGCUAUACGGCCCCGUGGCUAUCGCAUGGGCCCGGCCACAGCUUGUUCGCGCCCUCCAGCGACGCCUCCAACAAGACGUUGAGCGCCCCGUCGCCCUACGGGUCCAAGAAGAAGAAGAUCCAAGGUCCGAGGCGGACGAUUGCGAGACGAGGAACCGAGGUCUUCGUUGCUGUAGGCAAAGAAUUGCGAUGGGGCGAUUUGGCAUACCUGAAGGAGAAAUGGUCGACAAAGCAUGCGCACCGUCGCAUGGGCAGCCGUGUCAAGCGGGAGGACUCGACACAAUCAUUUGACGAUGAUGCCAUUCCCUCGACAGAACAGGCGGCUACGGCUCAGGGUUUCAGGACUAUCAAGACAUCUGUCGCAGACGACAUCCGGCAGCUCGUCAUCUCUCCCAACUCCGAUUACCUCGCUAUUCUCACGGCGCAUACCGUUCACAUCUGCGUGGUUCCCGAUUCUUCGCAUCUCACGGCCGAGGACACUGGACCUUUACGACCCAAAAUCUGGACACUGGGACCUACAACUCACGUCACCUCGCGAUCCCCAGUUGCAUCAGCUGUAUGGCACCCACUUGGCGUCAAGGGAUCUUGCCUUGUCACCGUAACGACCGAUGCUAUUGUGCGCGUCUGGGAGUUGUCAUUGACCGAUCGGUGGUCAUUUGACUCUCCCACACUGUCGAUCGACUUGAAGAAGCUGGUGGAUGGUACGACGAUGGACCAGGACUUCAGCGCAUCCACGGCUGCCACGAAUGCCAGCUUCUCGCAGUACUCUCUGGAGAUGCAGGUGGCCUCUGCUUGCUUUGCUGGCCGCGGCUCGGGAGGAUGGAGCCCUAUGACUCUCUGGGUUGCGAUGAGAGAAGGCGACGUCUACGCAUUGAGCCCCUUGCUCCCCCAGAAAUGGGCACCGCCUCCUACUCUUAUCCCAUCGCUUUCGGUUUCCAUCGUAUCCAAGGUGGCUGCCCUAGAGGAUGACCCUGCUGUAUCUGAAAUGGACAAGCUCCUCGCUCAGCAGCAGCUCGAGUGGAUGGGUGAUUUGGAUUCUCAGGAGCCCCAAAUCCUCGAUACAGCGCCCGGCGAAGAGACCGUGGAGGUCUAUACACGCCCUUCCCGGCCGGGAGUUAUCCCAAGAUUGCAAGGCCCGUUCGAAUUCGAUGCCGAUCCCGAAAGCGAGGACGUCGGGGACGGCCUUCUAACGGAUUUGCUCGUAAUCGGGAAGAAGGUGGACACUGACGACCUGAUGAUGGGCGAGGACGAAGACUUGGACUUUGACGAAGGUGACCAGGAGGGACUCUCUCUCUCGGUCAUCUGCCUCCUGUCUACCACCGGUCAGGUCCGCGUGUACUUGGACUUGGAGGGCGUCGAAGCACAAUGGCUGCCCCCGCGAAACAAAUCCAAGCUUGGACGCCUCUUGUCCGCUGCCGAUCCACCUUCACUGUUGACGUUCCAGUGCAUCGACACCAUGGCCACAACUGAAAUGAACGACGACGCAUGGCCGACGUUUUCAUCGGAUGUCAUGUCACGCUACUCUCUUUUUGUCACCUCGCACGCCGGCGUCACCUUCCUUUCUCUAUCUCCCUGGGUUUUCCGCCUCGAGGGUGAGCUCUCGGGCGAGUCGGAGGCGGGCUCUGACUUCCGUCUCGGUCUUCUUGUCAACGGACAAAACUCUAUUCGCGAAAGACUCUACAACCAAUCCUCAAGCGAUGUCAACGUGCCGCUCGCCGCAUGCGCCGCCAUCCGCGAUCCGGAUUUGGGAUACUUCCUUCUCUCGGCCACCCCGUACGAGCCAAUUGCCUUGACGUUCGAGACGCCUGAGGACGACUUCUCGCCUGUCCGCCACGAAACGCCUUACGAAGAGAAGCCUACGACUAUGGAACCAUUGGACUUUUAUGAGCCCCGUCCAGCUUUCCAGCCCUCGCACGCAUUCGAGCAGCAAUCCGACCUUCCUGAGCUGAUUAACAGACUCCGUAGCUCACGCCACAAGACCAUUCUGAACCAGGAGAUCAGAUUGUCUCCGGUUACGCUGCAGAUCUUGACUGACGCUCAUCGCGUUCUUGGUGAGGAUACCUACCGGCUCGGCACAGCUGUGGCGGAGAUUUUCCGACGCUGCGCUACUCUUCAAGAUGAGCUCAGGGAUCAAAUUAAGAAGGCGAACGAGGUCAAGGAGAAGAUUGACAAGAUCGCGGGCAACGACAAGGCCGGCGACGGUGAAAGUGACGACGUCCGAUUCGAGAGACGUAUCGCAGAGGCACAAGAUCGACAGAAACGACUCAACGAGAGACUAGAGGGCGUCCGCAAGUAUGUUGGCAAGGCAGCAACAAGAGAGCUCAGUGCCAAGGAGAGGGCCUUCGUGGCAGAAGUCAAAAAUAUGGAGGCCAGCGUUCUAGGAUCACCCUCGGAAGACAGCCCGGGAGUGAAGCAGCAGAAGCAACUCAGGAAACGUGUGGAGGACGUGCAACGACUGAAGGACGAAUUGUUGGCAGAAGUGGAACGGAUUCAAAAGCAGAGUGAGGACGGCAAGGGCGGGAAGGAUUCAUCGUCUUCGGUAUCGGAGCUCAAGAUCCCGACAGAGAUCCGCAAGGCCAAGCUGCAGCAAGUCAUGUCCCUCCUCUCACGGGAGACGGCUCUGGUCGAGGCUGUCACAUCGCGCCUGGAGCGUCUCCAGACGCAAGGCGCAAUGGAUCGAUAUUUGGUGAAUGGUCGAGUGCGCCAAUCGGUGCGAGGGCAAGCGCAGGGCGUCAGGCGACAUGAGCACAACGGAGGACCACGGACAUAUGUUUCGAGAAUUGGGAACGCACAACCAUUGUCUUUAAGGCCGCCUCAUGCCCGUCUAUCGUGUCUUGGUGGUGCCAUUGGACAAGGAAGAUGCCGGGUUCUGGAGGUAACCCUCAUGUUUACUCAGCUGCCAUUUGUGGGUCUCCGAAACCACGUCCAAUCAACCCUUGGUCGCCCAACAGCCUCACUUAAGGAAUACUUGGACAUGCUUCGCCUAUCAGCUAUUGAUGAUCUUCCAUUUGCAUACUUUGUACCCAGUAUCACGAGAACUGGACACGAGAAUUCAAGCUACCUUAUCCAGGAGUUCAGAACAGCGUCCCAAACUCUCAGUAGCACCCGAAGACGGUCGAGCCCGCCUCUCGUCUCAUCUAACCUCGUGGACGGCGAAACUUGCAUGCAGCAGCAAGCGUCACCUUCAAGCUUCGCCCGGAAGGAAAAUGGGACAUGGUUACUGUUGCUUUUCCCCACGUUCCACUUUCCGCUUCGCAUUGUACUCAGCGUGGGCGUCCAUCAUGUCUACAGUCUAUUAUCCUAUGCAAAAGCUAAGGUGCUUCGCAAGGUCCAAUCGUUCCCUGCAUGGGCUGGGAUGAGGCGUGCUUGCAAGGGCAUUCCUCGCACGUCCACUUUCAGUAACUCUUACCUUUCAGACGAAGCCCAGAGACAAUAG